UCCCUCUCUCUUAAUUUAUAAUCCAACAAAACGCAUGCUUUUACUCCAACACUCCCUUCUCCAUUUAAAUCUUCUAAUUCAACACACACACACACUCACUCCUCCGCCGCCGAUGGGGAACGCCGCGCCGCACCGCCUGCCCGACGCAUCCGGAAGAGUCAUCCUCUCCGACGGCGGCGUCGUCACCUACGACUCACCGAUCACCGCCGCGGAGCUCAUGCUGGAGCACCCGCAGCACGUGGUGGUGGAAUUCAAUCCGAUCGCCAGCGGCAAAAAGCCGGCGCCGCUGCCGGCGGAUCAGAAGCUCGAGAUCAGGAAAACCUACCUAAUGCUCCGGAUCAGGAGGGGAAAGCCGAUCCAGCUGUCGUCGGAGGAAGCUCGGCGGUUAAUCCUCGCGAACGCCGCGCUGGUGUCGUACACCGGAUUCGUGCCGAUUUUCGCGCGGAUUUGCACCGCGAUGGGAGGCGUCUCGGCGGCGGAGAAUAGGAAGCGAUUGGAUGAGAGGGAGAAGGAGGAGGAGGCGAGAUUGGAUUGCUUUGCGGAGAUAUUGGAGGAGAGGCCGGAGUUUAUGAGGAGGCAGAUGUCGGGGAAGGGGUGGAAGCCGAGUUUGGAGCCGAUUCGAGAGAAAACGGUGAAGGCGAAGGUUCGGCAUUGGAUCAUACCCUCAAGCUUUAGCGUUUGAAUGUAAUGAAGCUUAUAAAAUAGGAGAUGGUCUUGGUCUGCCUCAUCAGCUUUAAUGUUAUGUACAUAUAAGUUGUGAUAUGGUAUGGAUGUUGCUUUCGAUA